AUGCCGGCGUCAGAUGUGAUUGAAGCCGAGAGUAGUCGCGAUGAGAUGGCUCUCUCGCGUCGCGUCUUACGCAAGAUUGAUCGCGCCCUCAUUCCGCUGCUGUUUGUCACGUACAUGCUCAAUUUCAUGGACAAAGUCAUCCUCUCAAGCGCGUCCAACCUCCACGGCCAGCAGUACAGCUGGGUCGCCAGCAUCUUCUACUUUGGCUACCUCAUCUGGGAGUAUCCUACUACGCUGCUCAUCGCCCGGCUGCCCGUCGGCAAAUAUUUGACGGCCAAUACGGCGUUUUGGGGCGCUACUGUAGCUGUCACGGCCGCAUGCACCAACUUUGGCGGCCUCAUGGCUGCCCGUUUCCUGCUGGGUGUCGCCGAGGCCACCAUCACCCCCGGCUUCAUGUUUCUGACGUCGACCUGGUACACGCGCGAUGAAAUGCCCACGCGUGUUGGAAUGUGGUUUGCGGGCAACUCGGUCGGCGGCCUGGUUUCCAGCCUGCUCGCCUUUGGCGUGGGCCACAUUGAGGACAACAUCCACCCGUGGCGCUGGAUGUACAUUGUCCUCGGCGUCGCCACCUUUCUCUGGACAAUUCCCAUGUUCUAUUUCCUUCCUGAUACCAUUUCGAAAGCAAAGUUUCUUACCAACGAGGAACGCGAGAUUGCAAUGCGUCGAACCCUCAUCGCAGGCACUGGAAGCACUGAGGACACCCGCUUCUCGUGGGAGCAGGUCCACGAGUGCCUCGUCGACCCCAAAACAUGGCUGAUUGUCUUGAUCGCCAUGAUUGGCCAGAUUCCCAACAGCGGCACGCAAAAUUUCUCCAACAUUAUCAUAAAAUCAUUCAAUUUUACUAGCCUGCAGUCUACACUCAUCAACAUUCCGUACUCCCUCCUCACGGCAGCCAUUAUUGCUGCCACAGGAUGGCUAGCUGGCCGGUAUCGAACACUCAACUGCAUUCUCAUCAUUGCGGUGGUGCUUCCAUGUGUUAUCGGCGCGGCCCUCAUUUAUUGCCGCGAGCACAUUCCCUCGCACGGAGCGCAACUUUUCGCCUACUUUUUGCUGUCACCUGGCCCUGCAUCCAUGCCGCUCAACAUGGCCCUGGUGCAGUCCAACUUCAAGGGCGUCACCAAGAAGCUUACAAUUACUGCGUUGCUCUUCAUUGCAUACUGCAUGGGCAACAUUGCCGGACCCCAGUUCUUCCGUGAAUCCGAGGCGCCCACAUACAAUACGGCAUUCAAGACAAUUAUGAUAUGCUACUCAUUAGUCAUUGUCUUGUCCAUUUCGCUGCGCGCGUACCUGCAAUGGUUCAACGCGCUCAGGUCGAAGAUGGAGGGAAUCCAAGGCAGCGCAGCCAUGGCAGGCGUCGUGGCAGAUAAUAAGCUGAGAAGUGGCACAGAUGUCCCGCCAAUGGAACUCCGACCCGAGGCUUUCGAGGACGUAACAGACUGGAAGACGAGUGGCUUCAGAUAUCGGCUAUACUCAAUACGCCUUCACGAUUGA